AAGAGAGAGAGAUUAGAGAGAGAUUUCAGAGAGGAGAAAAAUAAAACCCCGCACCAAAUUUCGCCUCCGUCCCCUAACCGAAAUUUCGGGUCCUCUCUCUCUCUCUCUCUCUCUCUCUCUCUCUCUCUCUCCUCCUCCCUCGCUCCUCCCCGCUUGAGCUCUUUCCCCCAAUCCCCAUUACUCCAAUCGAAACCCUCCUCGUUCCAAUCCAAAACGAGCGUUUUAGAUCGAUUCCGAUCCCAGGGACCCCUCUCGAAGACGAGAUCCGAAGCUCCCCACGAUCUAAUCUCCCACGUCCGAUCCCUAAUCCCCCUCACUUUCCUCCGUUUCGAUCUCUUCUCGCCGCUUCUCGAUUGCGGAAGCGCAGAGAAGGUGAAGAGGAAGAGGUAAAGUGCGGUGUUAUUGCGCGGGGAGUUGCGGAUCCGGCGACCGGAUCUAGGGUUUGAUCGGGGGUAGAAGGGGAGGGGAGUCGUCGGAUGAGGGGGCCCGCAUUAUGUUCCAGUCGUCGCGGAAAACAAUGAAAUGGGCGACAUUGCUUGAGAACAUCAGAGGGAAGGUCGGGCUCUCCGGAUCGUCGCCGCAGCCGUCCCAGUCACUUCAGCACCAUCAGCAGCAUCCCUCCCCGUCGCUCGCCCCGCUUUCCGUCGAUUACGGAGCUGGAGCUGCAGCGUCCGAUGCUGCCCAGCCGGAUGCGUCCCCCGGCUUCUCCCCCGCCAGAGGCAAACAUGAACUUGAACUGGACUUUAAGAAGUUCUGGGAAGAAUUCCGCUCUUCCAGCUCUGAGAAGGAGAAAGAAACGGCCUUGAACAUGGCAGUUGAUGUCUUCUGUAGACUAGUCAAGCAGCAGUCUAGUGUAGCUCAACUAGUUACAAAGUUAGUUGAGGCACAUGUUUUCUCUUUUGUUGUUGGAAGAGCCUUUGUAACUGAUGUGGAGAAAUUGAGAAUGCACCGAAAGGGGAGAUCUUUAAUUGUUGCAGAUGUUAUCAGCUUCUUUUCAGAAGUGAUGGAGGAUGACGUCAGUCCCGGUUCAAACCUGUUGUAUGCAGUAGAAGUUUUGGUUACAGGGCCAAUUGAUAAGCAGCCUCUGUUGGAUUCUGGUAUUUUAUGUUGCCUUAUUCGUAUCCUCAAUUCUCUUCUAAGUUGCGAUGAAUCCAAUCAAGGAGAAUCUGUGGUCAGUGAAGAAGGUGCAAUUUUAAGCGACAAAAGUAUGGACAGAGAUGCUGUACGAGUGAGGCGACUUGAGAUAGAGGGAAGCGUAGUGCAUAUUAUGAAGGCAUUAGCGAGCCAUCCUUCUGCUGCACCAAGUUUAAUUGAAGACGAUUCACUUCAGCUUCUGUUUCACAUGGUUGUGAAUGGCUCUUUGACUGUGUUUUCUCAGUUUAGAGAGGGCCUCGUUCCUUUGCACACAAUUCAACUUCAUCGACAUGCCAUGCAGAUUCUUGGUCUUAUUCUCGUGAAUGACAAUGGAAGUGCUGCAAAGUAUAUACGCAAACAUCAUUUGAUCAAAGUCCUUCUAACGGCUGUAAAAGACUUCAAUCCGGAAAAAGGUGAUGCUGCAUACACAAUGGGUGUAGUGGACUUGUUACUGGAAUGCGUUGAAUUGUCUUAUAGAUCUGAGGCUGGCCCGAUCAAGCUCAGGGAAGAUAUACAUAAUGCACACGGCUAUCAGUUUCUUGUUCAUUUUGCUUUGACACUAUCUAGUUUACACAAGAAUCAGAUUGUUCGAUCUGCUUCUUCAGAAUUAUUAUCUAAUGAUAGUUCUGAAGGGCACACUUCAAGUGGACCAGAUCAAUUAGGUCAUCAGGAAAGUAGAGCAGAUACCUCUCCUACCCAUCUUUCUCCAGCUUUAUCCAGGCUACUUGAUGUCCUCGUAAACCUGGCCCAAACAGGCCCAACGGAAACUGCUGGUGGGAAAUCAUCAAAAUCUGGUCAUGGAAGAGCGACGGGUCAUAGCAGAAGCCGUACACCAUCUUCUGAUACGCUCGGCGAUGAUUUUUCGGAGAAAGGUAGUACCAAAGUCAAGGAUCUUGAGGCUAUUCAGAUGCUGCAGGAUAUUUUUCUUAAGGCUGACAAUGUUGAACUGCAAGCAGAAGUUCUGAACAGAAUGUUCAAGCUUUUCUCGAGUCAUCUUGAAAACUACAAAUUGUGUCAAGAACUUCGUACUGUGCCGCUAUUUAUACUAAAUAUGGCAGGUUUCCCUGCAUCACUACAGGAAAUUAUUUUGAAAAUCUUAGAGUAUGCUGUUACUGUUGUGAACUGUGUCCCCGAGCAGGAGCUGCUAUCUCUCUGCUGCUUGUUGCAGCAGCCAAUUACUACUAGUCUUAAGCAUGCUAUACUUGCUUUCUUCGUAAAGCUGCUUUCCUUUGAUCAGCAAUACAAGAAAGUUCUCAGGGAAGUUGGUGUGUUGGAAGUUCUGUUAGAUGACCUGAAACAGCACAAGCUUUUCUCUGGAGGAGAGCAGCAAAAUAAGGUCUCUACUACUCUUGAAAGAAAGUCCAGCAAUAGUAGUUUACAAAAACACAUGGAUAGCAAAGAUGCAAUUCUUUCUUCACCCAAGUUUAUGAGCUCUGGUACUGAGAAGUUUCCCAUAUUUGAGGAUGAGGCCACAAUUGCUGUUGGAUGGGACUGCCUUUUCUAUCUAUUGAAAAAAGCCGAUGCUAAUCAGCAAUCAUUCCGAUCGUCCAAUGGGGUCAGCGUUGUCCUCCCUUUCUUGGUAUCCGAUAACCACCGCUCUGGGGUGCUUAGACUAUUGUCAUGUCUGAUGAUCGAAGAUACUCUUCAGGCUCAUCCAGAAGAGUUAGGAUUGCUGAUUGAGAUUCUUAAGAGUGGAAUGGUGACAAGUGUAUUAGGAUCUCAAUACAAACUUCACGGUGAUGCAAAGUGCGAUACUUUAGGCGCAUUAUGGCGCAUUCUUGGGGCCAAUAUUUCAGCACAGAGGGUUUUUGGAGAAGCCACUGGGUUUUCGCUUUUACUGACGACGCUGCAUAGUUUCCAGAGUGGUGAAGAAAAUACAGAAAAUCAAUUGUCAUCAGCCAGUCACAUGAAGGUUUUCAGUUUUCUAAUGCGAGCUGUGACAGCUGCUGUGUGCAAUAAUGCAGUCAACAGGUUGAGGUUGCACACAAUCAUCUCAUCACAUACCUUCUAUGAUCUUCUUUGUGAAUCCGGGUUGCUUUCAGUGGAUUGUGAAAAGCAAGUUAUUCAGUUAUUGCUUGAGCUUGCUCUAGAGAUUGUCCUUCCACCGACUAAUGUGCUGCAAUCAGAGAGUGCUUCAUCUGAUACAUGCGAAGAUGAGUCAAGUCUCUAUUUUGUCACAUCCCUUGGUAUAUCUAGGGUUGAUAGGGAGCGGGUAUAUAAUGCUAGUGCCUUUGCUGUUUUAAUCCACUCCUUGCUACUCUUUACACCGAAAGUUCAGUUGGAUUUACUGAAGUUUAUUGAGAAGUUAGCAUGUGCUGGUCCCUUCAAUCAAGAGAAUUUGACUUCUGUUGGAUGCGUUGGUCUUCUACUGGAGACAAUUAACCCAUUUUUGGAGGGUCUAUCUCCAUUUCUUAAUCAUGCUCUGAGAAUUGUGGAGGUGCUUGGUGCUUAUAGGCUCUCCUCUUCAGAGCUUCGGCUGCUUGUUAGGUAUAUUUUGCAACUGAGGGUGAAAAAGUCAGGCCAUCCUCUUGUUGAUAUGAUGGAGAAGUUAAUUAGAAUGGAAGACGUAAGGUUGCAAAAUGUUUCCCAAGCUCCUUUUAUUGAGAUGGACAUGAGCAAAGUAGGCCAUGCCUCCAUCCAGGUCUCACUAGGGGAGAGGACAUGGCCUCCUGCUUCUGGGUAUUCCUUUGUUUGCUGGUUUCAAUUCCACAAUUUAUUCAAAAACCAAUUUAAAGAUUCAGAGCAACUUUCUAAAGCCAACUCCGCGAAAAGGAGAAUUACAUCCAGUGGGCAAGUACUGCGUAUAUUCUCUGUUGGUGCAGUGGACGACGCCAACACUUUGUAUGCCGAACUCUAUCUCCAAGAGAAUGGUGUAUUGGCUCUAGCUACGAGCAGCUCAAGCUUACUUUCGUUUCCAGGAAUAGAACUAGAAGAAGGCAGAUGGCAUCACCUCGCGGUCAUUCACAGUAAGCCCAAUGCACUAGCUGGGCUUUUCCAGGCCAGCGUGGCCUAUCUCUAUCUGGACGGAAAACUACGACACACGGGAAAACUAGGGUAUUCACCAUCCCCAUUUGGUAAAUCACUACAAGUAACUCUUGGUACACCUGCUUCACGCGGGAAGAUUUCUGAGCUGUCGUGGAAACUUCGUUGCUGUUAUCUUUUCGAAGAAGCACUCACAUCAGGUAGUAUUUGUUUCAUGUAUAUCCUUGGUCGAGGAUAUAGAGGACUGUUUCAAGACACAGAUCUUCUUAGGUUUGUACCAAAUCAAGCAUGUGGUGGAGAGAGUAUGGCUAUUUUGGAUUCAUUGGAAAUAGAAAUGCCCUUGGCUUCAAGUACUCAGCGAAUUGAUAGUUCAAUCAAGCUCGGGAAUUCUAGACUUGACGGCAGUGGGUUUGUUUGGGAUUUAGAGAGACUGACAAAUCUCGCCCUGCAGCUCUCUGGGAAGAAACUCAUAUUUGGAUUCGACGGAACUUCCUCUGAAACUUUUCGAGCAUCUGGAACAUUGUCCUUGCUGAAUCUUGUUGAUCCUUUGUCUGCUGCUGCUUCACCAAUUGGUGGUAUACCUCGUUAUGGGCGUCUGACUGGAGAUGUUUACAUUUGUAACCACUGCACAAUUGGAGAUAGUAUUCAAACAGUUGGUGGGAUGGCUGUUGUGCUUGCUCUUGUCCAAGCUGCUGAGAGCAGAGACAUGCUACACAUGGCACUGGAGCUACUUGCAGUAUCACUCCAGCAGAGUCAUCAAAAUGUAAAAGACAUGCAAGCCCUAAGAGGCUACCAUCUUCUUGCCCUUUUCCUUCACCGUCGGAUGUCGUUAUUUGACAUGCAGUCACUUGACAUCUUCUUCCGCAUUGCUGCAUGCGAGGCUUCUUUUCCGGAACCACAAAAGCCACAUGUAAACCGGUCUGUAAGUUUUCCUGCUGGAAUUUCCCUCGAGGCCGGUCUUGAUGAUCUUUCUUUACCGAAAUUCACUGAUGAAAUCUCUUCCGUUGGAUCUCAUGGAGAUUUUGACGAAUUGUCUGCACAGAAGGAUUCAUUCAGUCAUAUUUCUGAGCUCGAAAAUACUGAUUUAUCUGGAGAAACUUCCAACUGCAUUGUUUUAUCAAAUGCUGAUAUGGUUGAACAUGUUCUUUUAGACUGGACUCUAUGGGUUACAGCUCCUAUUUCGAUUCAAAUCACACUUCUUGGAUUUCUCGAAAGGAUGGUAUCUAUGCAUUGGUACAGAAAUCAUAACCUUACUAUAUUGCGGCGAAUCAACCUUGUGCAACAUCUACUAGUAACUCUACAACGCGGUGAUGUGGAAGUUCCUGUUUUGGAAAAACUGGUUGUAUUGCUCGGUGUUAUUCUGGAGGAUGGUUUUCUGGCUUCAGAGUUAGAACUUGUUGUAAGGUUUGUAAUUAUGACAUUCGAUCCUCCUGAGUUGACUCCUCGCAAUCAAACUGUUCGUGAAACAAUGGGAAAACACAUAAUUGUCAGGAACAUGCUACUUGAGAUGCUUAUUGAUUUACAAGUUACUAUUAAUGUUGAAGAUUUACUUGAGCAAUGGCAUAAGAUUGUUUCAUCCAAACUGAUCACAUUUUUCCUUGACGAAGCUGUACAUCCUACCAGUAUGAGAUGGAUUAUGACUCUCUUGGGAGUAUGCCUUGCUUCAUCCCCCACGUUUGCCCUAAAAUUCCGCACUAGUGGAGGUUUCCAAGGGCUGACACGUGUACUUCCAAGCUUCUAUGAUUCGCCUGAAAUAUACUACAUAUUAUUCUGUUUAGUAUUUGGUAAGCCUGUCUAUCCUAGGGUUCCUGAAGUUCGCAUGCUUGAUUUCCAUGUUCUCAUGCCUAGUGAUGGAAACUAUGGGGAACUGAAGUUUGUGGACUUGUUGGAAACCGUGAUUGCCAUGGCAAAAGCUACGUUUGAUAGACUCAGUAUGAAGUCAAUGCUGGCACAUCAAAAUUGUAACCUUUCACAUCUCAAUGGUACCUUAGUUUCGGAGCUUGUUGAAGCCACAACAGAUACUGCAGAAGACCUUCAAGGUGAAGCUCUACUACAUAAGACGUAUGCAGCGAGGUUAAUGGGUAGGGAGGCGGCGGCGCCUGCUACUGUCACAUCGAUACUCAGGUUUAUGGUUGACUUGGCAAAGAUGUGCCCACCGUUCUCUGCUGUAUGCAGGAGAGCUGAAUUUCUUGAAAGCUGCGUUGAUCUAUAUUUCUCGUGUGUGAGGGCUGAUUCAGCAUUAAAAAUGGCAAAAGAUCUCAAAACUACAACACCAGAUGACAAGAACUUGAACGAUGCUGAUGAUAAUGAAAGCUCUCAAAAUACAUUUUCUAGCUUGCCACCAGAUCAGGAGCAAUCUGCUAAAACUUCUAUGAGUAUUGGAAGCUUUCCUCAAGAGCAAAAGAGUACCAGCUCUGAAGAUACGGGGACACUAAAUUAUCCUUUGGAUGAUGCUGAAACAAAGAGAACUGACUUUUCUGCUGCUGAAAUUAGCAAGUCUGUUGAUGGACAAGAUGCUCAAACUAUUCAGAAUGUCAAUGACCAAGUUCGAGAACAAAUCUCAAUCAAGUCUGACGGUCCUGAGCUUAAGAACCCUAGUUUGAAUGGGAGUUUAGAUACUAACCCCCCAACCGACUCGCCCUGCUCUGCCUCUAUAAAUGUCCUUAAUUCUCCCGCUUUAUCUGAAAGAUCAAAUUCUAAAAUACCAACAACACCAAGUACUUCCCCUGUUAUUGCAUUAACUUCUUGGCUUGGCGCCAUGGGAACUAAUAAUGAUUCAAGAAUACUAUCAUCUGCAACACCAUCUAUGAUUUCUACCGUCUCUCUAAAUGAAUCUGAUGUAUCUCCUGAUAUGAAGCCAUCUUUGCAAGGUUCGUCAGCAGUAAACACAUUCUUCCCUGUAAGCUCUAAGCUGUUACUUGAGAUUGAUGAUGUGGGCUAUGGUGGCGGCCCGUGCUCGGCUGGAGCUACUGCGGUAUUGGAUUUUGUUGCACAAAUCCUUGCUGAUAUUGUAGCAGAACAACUCAAAGCAACCCUUUUAAUCGAGGGCAUUUUGGAGUCCGUUCCUUUAUAUGUGGAUGUUGAUUCUGCUCUUGUUUUUCAAGGUUUGUGCCUCAGUAGAUUGAUGAAUUUUCUCGAAAGGCGCCUCUUGCGGGAUGAUGAAGAGGACGACAAAAAACUUGAUAAGAAUCGUUGGUCUGUGAAUCUGGACUCUCUUUGCUGGAUGACUGUAGAUAGGGUUUAUAUGGGUUCUUUUCCAAAGCCACUCGGAGUAUUGAGGACCCUAGAAUUCCUGCUGUCCAUGCUACAGCUUGCAAACAAAGAUGGCCGUAUUGAAGAAGUAGCACCUUCCGGAAAAGGCAUAUUGUCCAUUGCAAGGGGCGCCAAGCAACUUGAAGCAUAUAUACAUGCCAUUCUGAAGAAUACAAAUCGCAUGAUAAUGCAUUGUUUCCUCCCCUUAUUCCUCAAGUCCAUUGGAGAAGAUGAUUUGCUUUUGGCUUUGGGCUUUCAGACAGAAACUGGGAAAAGCUUGUCUACAAAAGCAUUGUCACAUGAUGAGUUUACGAUCGAUAUUUGCACGGUUCUGCAGCUAUUAAUUGCCAACAAACGCCUUAUACUGUGUCCAACCAAUCUUGACACUGAUUUGAUUUGCUGUCUGUGUGUUAAUCUAAUUGCUCUCCUCCAGGACAAAAGACUAACUGCUCAGAAUUUGGCGAUGGAUUUGAUUAAGUACUUAUUAUUGCAUCGUCGGCAAGCCCUAGAGGACCUACUUGUCUCGAAACCGAACCAAGGGCAACCAUUGGAUGUUUUACAUGGGGGUUUCGACAAACUUUUGACAGGAAGCUCCUCUAUGUUUUUUGAAUGGCUCAACAGCUCCGAGCACACCAUCAAUAAAGUGUUGGAGCGCUCUGCUUUCAUUAUGUGGGUUCAAUACAUUGCCGGAUCAGCAAAGUUUCCUGGGGUGAGAAUAAAAGGCAUGGAAGUAAGGCGCAAGAGAGAAAUGGGGAGAAAAUCACGUGAUAAUGCAAAACUAGAUUUAAGGCACUGGGAACAGAUAAAUGAGCGGAGAUACGCACUCGAAUCAGUUCGUGAUUUAAUGUCCACCCAACUUCGAGCAAUUCGCCAAGAUAAAUAUGGGUGGAUUCUUCAUGCAGAGAGCGAGUGGCAGAGUCAGCUUCAACAGCUUAUACAUGAAAGAGGAAUAUUUCCUAUAAAAUAUACGUCCUUGGAACCUGAGUGGCAGCUCUGUCCUAUUGAAGGACCAUACAGGAUGAGAAAGAAGCUUGAGCGCUGCAAAUUUAAAAUUGAUACAAUUCAAAAUGUUCUCACAGGUGGGUUUGAGCUUGAAGAUAUAAAAGUGGCUAAGGAAGAGCGUGACAAUGGGCUAGGAUUAUCUGGGUCCGAUACAGAUUCGUGUUUAAAUGUUUCAAAUGAUGGUGCCAAUGAUAAAAUAUUCGAUGGUUCUGAAUAUGAUUCCUUUAGAGAAGAAAAUGAUGGGCUUAAAAUCAAAAGCUCGAGAUCUGGUCAGAGUGGUUGGAAUGAUGAUAAGUCUAGCAGUGUAAAUGAACCUAGCCUUCACUCUGCUAUGGAGUUCGGUGCCAAAUCGAGUUCUUUUUCCAUUCCAAUAACAGAUGUAAAUGUGAGAUCUGAACUGGGUUCUCCUAGGCCAUCAUAUUCAAUGAGAGUGAACGAUGCAAAAAUUUCAGAGGAUAAAUCAGAAAAGGAAUUGCUAGAUAAUGGGGAAUACCUUAUCAGACCUUUCCUUGAACCCUCUGAAAAGAUAAGGUUUAAGUACAACUGUGAGCGUGUUGUGGGUCUCGACAAACACGAUGGUAUAUUUCUAAUUGGGGAACUUUAUUUAUACAUAAUCGAAAAUUUUUAUAUUGAUGAUUCGGGGUGCAUCUGUGAGAAGAGCAGCGAAGAUGAGCUUUCUGUAAUUGAUCAAGCGUUGGGUGUGAAGAAGGAUAUAACAGCAAACAGUGAUUUCCAGCUAAAAUCACCUUCCACGUGGAGCAUGACAGCAAAGAUGUUGGUGGGUGGGAGAGCGUGGGCCUAUAAUGGGGGUGCUUGGGGAAAAGAGAGCAUCUGUAGCAGCAGCAAUCUGCCACAUCCAUGGCAUAUGUGGAAGCUUGAUAGCGUUCAUGAGCUCCUAAAACGGGAUUACCAGCUCCGUCCUGUUGCCAUUGAGAUAUUCAGCAUGGAUGGAUGUAAUGAUCUUCUGGUUUUCCACAAAAAAGAGAGGGAGGAAGUUUUCCGAAACUUGGUUGCUAUGAAUCUCCCAAGGAAUAGCAUGUUGGACACAACAAUUUCAGGUUCAUCAAAACAAGAAAGCAAUGAGGCAAGCCGGCUUUUUAAGAUCAUGGCGAAGUCAUUCUCAAAGAGGUGGCAAAAUGGGGAAAUCAGCAACUUCCAAUACCUUAUGCAUCUAAAUACGCUAGCAGGGCGGGGAUACAGCGAUCUCACACAAUACCCAGUAUUUCCCUGGGUUCUUGCAGACUACGAGAGUGAAACUUUAGACUUGACAAACCCUCAAACUUUCCGUAAACUUGACAAGCCAAUGGGAUGCCAAACAGCAGAUGGAGAAGAGGAAUUCAGGAAAAGAUAUGAAAGCUGGGAUGAUCCUGACGUUCCAAAGUUUCACUAUGGUUCUCAUUAUUCUAGUGCUGGGAUCGUGCUUUUCUAUCUUUUAAGGCUUCCACCGUUCAGUAUAGAAAACCAGAAAUUGCAAGGCGGGCAAUUUGACCAUGCUGACCGCUUGUUCAAUAGCGUGAGGGACACAUGGUUAAGUGCAGCUGGGAAGAGUAACACAUCAGAUGUGAAGGAGUUGAUUCCUGAGUUCUUCUAUAUGCCAGAGUAUUUGGAGAAUCGCUUCAGUCUAGAUUUGGGAGAAAAACAGUCAGGAGAGAAGGUUGAUGAUGUUAUUUUGCCCCCUUGGGCUAAAGGCAGUGCCAGAGAAUUCAUAAGGAAGCAUCGGGAAGCCUUAGAAUCAGAUUAUGUUUCCGAGAAUCUGCAUCACUGGAUUGAUCUCAUCUUUGGAUACAAACAAAGGGGAAAGGCAGCAGAAGAAGCUGUGAAUGUGUUUUACCACUACACCUACGAGGGAAAUGUGGAUAUCGAUGCAGUCACGGACCCCACCAUGAAGGCCUCAAUCCUAGCCCAAAUUAACCAUUUCGGUCAGACCCCUAAGCAACUAUUCCUCAAACCCCAUCCAAAGCGCAAAACUGACAAAAAGCUCCCCCCCCACCCUCUCCGCUACAGCGCCCAUCUUGUUCCCCAAGACAUCCGCAAAAACCCCUCUGCCAUCUCUCAGAUAAUCACCUUUAAUGAGAAAAUCCUAUUUGCUGGGGCCAAUAGCUUACUGAAACCUGUAAGCUACAUCAAGUACAUCUCAUGGGGGUUUCCAGAUCGAAGCCUCAGAGUAUUGAGUUAUGAUCAAGACAAGCUAAUUUCAACCUACGAGAACCUACAUGGCUCAAACCAGAUCCACUGCACAGGCCUGAGCCAUGACGGUCAGAUUCUUGUGACAGGUGGUGACGAUGGGGUUGUCGCUGUCUGGCGGUUUGUGAAAGACGGAACCCGCACCCAAGAGAACUUAAUAUUGUCGCGGGCCCUCUGUGCUCACACUGCAAAGAUAACUUGCGUCUAUGUUAGCCAGCCCUAUUCGUUGGUCGUUAGUGGAUCCGACGACUGUACCGUGAUCUUGUGGGACUUGGCAAACCUGGUUUUUGUGAAGCAGCUCCCCAAGUUCCCUGCGCCAAUCUCCACUGUACAUGUCAACAAUCUAACAGGAGAGAUUCUGACUGCUGCAGGGGUACUUCUGGCAGUGUGGAGCAUUAACGGGGAUUGCCUAGCUGUUGUGAACACGUCCCAUCUUCCAUCUGAUCUCGUUUUGUCAUUGACAAGCUCGAUGCAUUCUGAUUGGCUGGAUACAAACUGGUAUGUGACAGGGCAUCAGAGCGGGGCAGUGAAGGUGUGGAAAAUGGUGCAUAGUUUAGAGGACGAAGCCAGUAGCAAAAAUAAGUUGCCGACCAAUGGUUUUGGGGGGUUGGGCUUAAAUGGAAAAAUGCCCGAGUAUCGCCUUGUGCUUCAGAAAGUGGCCAAGUCGCAUAAACACCCUGUUACGGCACUUUGUCUCACAGCUGAUCUUAAGCAGUUGUUAAGUGGGGAUUCAAAUGGGCAAUUAGUAUCUUGGACACUGCAAGAUGAUAGCUUUAAGUCGCUAAAUGGUCAAGGGUGAUGGCGAUUAAAUGAUUUGAUUGGUCAGAACUAAUCUCUGCCUGUUUGAUUGACAAGCACCAUAUGAGGCUGGCCUAGAGAGAGAAAUAUUGGAUUUUUAUUUGCUAUUAAGGCCAAUGUAGUUUAAGCAGCUUUUUAAAUAAGCUGAUUCGAGGAGAAAAAGGAAAAACAGCCCGUUGGGCGACGUUGAAACCUACUAGCAGGUUAAAGAAUGAAAAAGUAGAACACAAAUACAGCGAAGCUUGAUGACAGGAAAUUUGACUCUAGUUUAAUGCUGUGCACUAAAACUGCUGGUUUACCUGUUUUUUUUGCUGUAAAUAGGUAGCAACCAGUGAAUGUAAAGUUGUGUAAAUGGCUAUAUAUAAUGUAUUUGGGAUCUCGCAACUGUGAUGGCUUUUUAAGGAAUUAGAAUGUCAGGUCCCUGGAGGGCUGAUAGAGUGGGGAGAGCUUUGAUACACUUUCAAGUUAUUUCUCUUUUUUCUUUUUAGGGGGUUUCAUUCUUUGUUAGGGUGGUAAUUUACCGCCCAUAUUUUAGCUCAUUUUGCUCGGGAUACAUGUAAGAUAUAUAUUUUUUUUCAUUUAUGUAUCUGAGUAAAAUUUUAAGUGAUUUUCAAUUGGUUA